AUGGCUAAACCAAGAGGUAGAAAGCUUUUAAAGAAGCAACAAAAAGAUCAAUUCGAACCUUCUAAUGAUGUUGAAAAGUUUGAAGAUGAUAGAGAUCAUCAAGAGAACGUCUAUCAAGGUGAUGCUGCUGAUUCUGAGAAAUCAUCUGAUCCCCAAAUGUUCUUCGGUGUCCUAGAUAGAGAGGAAUUAGAAUAUUUUAAACAAAUUGAAUCUACUUUAGCUAUGGAUACUUUUGAAUCAUCUGAAGAAAAAUCCCAAAUGGUCACUAAUGUCUUACAAGAAGCUAAAGGUAAAGAAUUGAAGUUGGUAACCUCUCAAAUCUGUUCUAAAUUGAUGGAAAGAAUUAUCUUAGAAUGUGAUGAUAUGCAAUUGAAAAGUGUCUUCAAAGCAUUCAAUGGGUUCUUCUACAAUUUAUCAUGUCAUAAAUAUGCUUCUCAUGUUUUAGAAACUUUAUUUGUCAGAAGUGCAGCACUACUGGAAAAGGAAUUAUUAACCCCAACGUUUGAUAAUGAGACUAGUAAUGAAGAUGGUGAAGUUUUUGGUACUAUGGAAAACAUGUUUUUAUUCAUGUUAAAUGAACUAAAACCUCAUCUAAAAUCAAUGGUUUCACACCAAUAUGCAUCUCAUUCUUUAAGAUUAUUGAUAUUGAUCCUAUCUUCUAAAAUGUUACCAAGCUCAACUAAAAACAAUUCAACCUUACGUUCUAAAAAAUCUAAGAUUGCUCGUAAAAUGAUCGAUAUUAAAGAUAAUGAUGACUUUAAUAAGGUGUAUCAAACUCCUGAAUCUUUUAAAUUGGAACUUCGUGAAAUGUUGACAUCUUUAUAUAAACAAUACACUCAUAAUGCCGACUCACGUUCAGAUAUUAGUCCAACUGAUAUCACUAAGUUUAGAGAAUUGUGUGUCGACAAGGUUGCGUCACCAGUUAUUCAAUUAAUUAUCCAAAUUGAAGGUAUCUUUGAUAGAGAUCGUGCAUACUGGAGAUUGGUAUUUAAUACUAAUGAUGAAAAGGAUCCUAAAGAAGAAGCCUUUGUCGAAUAUUUACUAUCUGAUUCUGUCGGUUCUCAUUUCUUGGAAAAUGUUAUCGCCUCAGCAAGAUUAAAAUACGUUGAAAGACUUUAUCACUUAUAUAUGAAAGACCGUAUUGUCAAAUUGGCUAAAAGAGAUACCACUGGUGCUUUUGUUGUUCAAGCAUUUUUAAAACACAUGAAAGAAAAAGAUGUGAAACAGAUUUUGGAUGAUAUUAUUCCAGAGUUAAGUAUCCUAUUGAAUUCAAACAUGGAUUUUGGUACAUCUAUUAUUAAUGCAAGCAAUAGACUUGGUUGUUAUUUGAAAGACGAAGUUGUGAACCAACUAAUCAAGAAGUAUUACCCAGAAGAAUCAGAAAAUAAGAACAUUUUAGAAAGCUGUUUGUUAUUAAGCUCUUCAACUUUAGGUAACACAAGAGACGAUUGGCCAACUGCUGAUGAAAGAAGAAGAUCUAUUUUCUUGGAGCAACUAGUUAACUAUGAUGAUCAAUUCUUGACUAUCACCAUCGACAGUAUGUUAAAUCUACCAGAAGAAAGAUUUUUACAAAUGUGUUACCAUGGUGUUUUUUCUCAUGUUGUUGAAAGUGUGUUACAAACCAAAAGAGUUGAUACCAUAAAGAGAAGAUUGCUUCUAAAUGUACUAUCGAAAGAUAUUGUUAAUAUGUCUUGUAACGCCUAUGGUUCUCAUAUUGCUGACAAACUUUGGGAAUUUACUGCUAAAUUAACAGUAUACAAAGAAAGAAUAGCACAAGCAUUGGUUGAUGAAACUGAAAAGGUUAAGAACAGUACAUAUGGUAGACAAGUCUGGAAAAAUUGGAGUUUAGAAUUGUAUGUUAGAAAAAGAUGGGACUGGAAGAAAUUAAUUAAGGAACAAGAACAUGAAUUAUUCCCAAAUGCUGUUAAACCACAACCAAAAAAUCAACAAUUUAAGAAUAAUGGCAAUGAUAAUAAACGUUCUAGUGAUUCUAACUAUUCAUCAUCAUCAAACUUCAAGAAGCAAAGACGUUAA